AAUGGUUGUUAGAAUACCUUACAGGACACACUGAUCAUAGUUACGAAUUCAAUUCAAAGAACUCGUGACGUUUUGAAGGACUUGAGGAUUGCCCUUUGACAUCGGUGAAAUCGUUGGAGGAACGUUUAUUAGUUUAUCAUGUGUACAUUAAUACAUACGGUAUAUGAAUGCCGUUUUGAUGUUUCCUAACAAGCGUGUCCCACAUUAUGAAAGUAUGCGAUAAGAAGUUGUAAGGAUAGUGUUUGUGUUUGUAAAUGGUGCUCUCUGGAUUGGUCUAAGUGGCAUACGUGAAAUCGUUUGUCAAACUCCAGAAGGCGGAUUACAUUUACUGGAGGUCAGUUGGUUUCUAAACUGGCUAUCUUUCUACUGAAGUAAUCGAGUCCAUGGAAGCAAUUCAAUAUAUUCUCCAGCAUAGACUACGGCGUCUCUAUCAAUCGGAAUACAUGUUGAUUUUGAAUGCUCUAUGCCGCGUUUAGAAAGCUCAAGACAUGCAAAGGUUAUAUAGACCUGAGAGGAUUAGUGUGUAUAUUCCUUGGAGACUUGGCUGAAAGGAACUAUGUGACACUCAUUUCCAGAACGGGUUGCUUGUAUCUCAGCCAAAACCAAGGGGAAAAACUAUCAAUGCGUGUUUCAAGCAUGGAUUAAUAUUUCUAUUCGUGGAUACUUUUCAAUAAUAUUCAAACCUAACAAAGACAUCAAUGAAUGUAAUCCUCACAUAAGCACAGUAAUAGGCAAAGUUUGCACCGGGCAAAGUUGAAGAAGAAAAGACUACUGAUUGAUUGGAGGGUAACUUUAUAAACUUGAUCACGCCGAGCCACUCAGACAGUCGAUUUGAAAAGGAUAGUCAAUGGUGGCAGCGGUAAAUACGUUGUUGCGAAUGUUGGAUACUAAAACAGAGAACAUUGAUCAAACAGAACCGUUGUAUUUUGACGUCCCAGAAUGCCUUCUUCUGUGAUGCACGUGCACCUGCCCCCGAUACAACGUCAGACACAGACGUUGUUAACAGGUGCAGGUGUUAGGAAACGCGCACGCCCUACACGUGCAAGAAAGGAAAGACCCGCGGGAGUUCUUAUUCUACCGAAACCCAACAAGAAAAUUAAACGUAUUCUGGAGUUGGCAGAGAAUGGCCGACAUCGAAGCACGGUGCUUCCGCCUCUUGAGGCUGAUCUCUCCUUCUCCCGCCCCUCUCGGAAACACAUCACAUUUCUACAGGGAUUUUCUGACGACGGCACCAAGUGUAAAAAGAUCAGUUUUGAAAUUGACAAGAAAAUUGUCAACCAUCUACGGCGGAAGCUGACCCGCCGUAUCGAGAGACGCAUGGGUGAAACUUUGGAUGAUGAAGUCUCGGAUGAGGAAGCCUCCCCCGACGACGCGAGACGUCGCAGUGGCGGCACGAAACAGUCGGCUGAAGCACGGAAGGGCCUGUUCAACAGCUACUCUGAGGUUGGAGAGAAGUUGAGGAAGUCUGGCAGCAGAAGUCGGCCUCACAUGAAUGGACACAAACAUGCAUCUCCGCAAAAAGUGCUUGACCCUCUGUCAAACGAUAACGUGUCAGCUGCGGACCCCAGUGACCUUGAUGGCAGGUCCCGUCGCCAGAGUGAUGGGUCAAGGAAGUUCAGCUCCACAACCCCCUUACCGGACAUAGGCCAGAGCGAUGACGGUGCCCGUCCACUCACAUCCUCUUCCUCCAAGAUGAAGAAAGUGUCUUUACAGGAACCAGAAAGACAGACAGACAACGAAGAAGGUCAGGCAUCUGAGGAAGAUACUGGACGACAAACCGGGAGUGACGCAGGAGAAGAAGGUGAUAUCAGCUUCCGGCGGAUGAUUACAAGUCCUAUCCAGACUCCUGUGGUUCACCGACCAGAGACUCGAGACACUGCUCGGCUGAGUUCUGUUGAGAGACGCACGCAGAUUCUUCAAGGAUAUGUACACCGAGACUGUCCUCCAGACGAUAAGAUCAUGAAGCUUUACCUCUGCUCAGGCUUCGCUGACAGCGAGGUUGAGCGGACGGUUCUGAUGGAACAGGUAUGGCCCGACCUGAGAGAGUUUUGCAAGCGUCACGCGCACGAGCUUCACGUGCUUGACCUACAUUGGGGCCUGAAAGACGCCACGGCAGACGAUCAUCUGAUCCCCAGAGUCUGUUCCCACUACAUUGAAGACUGCAAAGACAAUGCAAUGGGAAUAAACUUCCUGAUAUUCCUGGGCGAGAAGUAUGGCCAGAGCCUCGUGCCAUCAGAGAUUCCUGCGGAUGAGUUCCAGGUGAUUCUAGAAGCUGCCACAGAGUACACGGACCGUCAAGUGAUCGCUAUCAGAGCCAAGAUGGCGGAGGUGGAAGCGGCGCGCGUUGAACGAGAGAAACAGCGUCAGAUCGAGGCCGAGGCCAAUUCAAGCGGGGUAUCUGUCAAGAGCCCAGACACGACACUGAGCAGAGAUACUGCUGACAGGCGCGAGAGUGGGAAGAAAAUGGAUGAGGAUGAGGACGAUGUAUUUGGGGAUUUGAUAUUCGAGAGAAAAGCGAGUGUCAUCCGAGCAGAGGGCCUGCUUAUGAAGGCCCUUAGGGAGGAAGAGGAAGAGCUUCAAGAUGUUGACAGCCUCACACAGUGGUACCGGCUGGAUGAAAACGCAAAACCACCCGUGUACCGCUUACAGAGGAUUAGCUCUGUGUACAAGGACAUCGCAAAGACAGACGGAACAAGGCGCCAGGCCGCGAGGAACAGCUGGAUCACGACCGCCAACAAGCUCAGCAAGGUCCUGCAGACCUUCUCACAGGACGUGGUCUGCGAGGAGGCCAGGGAGAAGUACUUUACCUCAUUGCUGGAACAAGAGCUGGAACAUAUUCUCGCCGACUUUGACAACUCCCCCUUACACACCGUGUGCUACAAGCGGACACUUCUGGGGCUCCAGAACCACCUCACCGACAUUAAAGUGGGGGAAUACAUCGAUGUCAGCCCCAAGAACAAUGACGCCAUCGACACCAAAGCCAGAAGCAAGAUGCUGGACAUUAGAGAGGAUUUUGUGGGCAAGAGGGUGAACGAAGGCAGCAUUUAUUCUUUCGAGUUGAACUGGAUAGCAGGAGGAAUUGCCACCACCCAUAACAGAGACCAUUUGAAUUAUCUGGAGCGCGUUUGUAAGGUGACUUAUGACAUGGUGAAGCGCCAACUGACCACCUUAUUUGAAGAAGAGGACCAUUCGGACCAGGCUCUGAGGAACCUGUUUGAAGAAGUCUCUCAGCACGUGAUGACCUGUCACAAGAGAGUUCGAAAAUUCCAUGGCCGGAAAGACAUACUCCAGUUGAUAAAAUCCUACGUACGGUCAGAAACCAAUACGCCCCUGGUGAUUUUCGGGAAAACCGGAUCUGGCAAGUCAGCUAUUUUGGCCAAAGCAGCCAAAGAUGUUCAUAAGUGGAUGAAGGAGUUCGACACCCGGGUAUUGGUGAGAUCGGUGGGAGCAACACGAAGGUCAACCAAUGUCCGAACGCUACUCAGAGACAUCUGUCUACAGCUGUGUCACAUCACAGGGGCCAACUAUAAGGAUGUGCCAACGGAGUACAAGGGUCUUGUGAACGACUUUGCUUACAAAAUCAGCCAAAUCACAACAGAGAAACCGCUUGUAAUCUUCCUAGAUGCUGUGGACAGACUUUUAGAUGAGCAUGAUGGGAGGAAGAUGUCCUGGCUGCCGAAGGAGUUGCCUAGUAACGUCCAUGUGAUCAUCUCAACUCUUCCCGAUGACAAGUUCGAAUGUUUCCAGUCUCUCAAGAAAUCUCUGAAUGGCAAAGAGGACUGUUUGCUUGAAAUCGGUGAUCUACCGACAGGCGAUGCCAUCGCCAUCCUGGAAUACUGGCUGAAUGAAGGCAACAGGAAUCUCACACAGCAUCAGAUGGAUGUCGUCUUGGAUGCCUUUGCUAAAGCCCCAACACCACUAUUUCUUAAAAUGGCUUACAGAGAAUCACAGACAUGGACUUCAUAUAUGAUUUCCGAGAUGGUUAAAAUACCGGAAACUGUAAAGAAGAUUGCAACAAUCAAGUUUGGGAGACUUGAGAGAGACCACGGAGAGGCUUUGGUGAAAAGGGCUCUGGGCUACAUCACGGCUGCCAGAAAUGGAAUUACCGGUAACGAGAUGGAGGAUGUUCUGUCUUUGGAUGAUGCAGUCAUGGACGAGGUUGCUGGACAGUUCAAUUUGUCAAGAAGAAGAUUGCCUCCUCUGGUUUGGGCGAGAUUAAAGAUGGACUUGUCAGAAUAUGUAAUGGAGUGCCUAGGAGACAACAUGAAAACACUAUGUUGGUCCCAUGUCCAGUUCGCUGAUGCAGCCGAUGACAGGUACCUACAACAAAAGGACAAAGCACCAUCCUACCACAAAGCAUUUGCUGAGUACUUCAUGGGAAUAUGGGUCGGUAAACCCAAACCUUAUUCUGGUAGUGAUCGAGGAGUGCUCAGAUUUGUAUCAGAUCAGCCUUUGUUUUAUGAACCAGAGGAAUCAUUACAUGAUGGGUCCGAUAGAGUGUACAACCUGCGGAAAAUAAAUGAACUCCCACACCACCUUGUCAGAUCUCAACAGAUGGAAUUGCUCAAAAAUGAAACCUUGUGCAAUUUUGAAUGGGUGUUAGCAAAACUAUGUGGAACCUCUCUCCGUGCCGUGCUCGAAGAAUACUCCAGUGUUUUGCUUCAAGAACCAAAUGAUACUGAACUUAAGAUUCUCUCAGACACAUUGCACCUUUCGGGUGUUGCUCUGCAGAAAGAACCACGUCAGUUGGCCUCACAGAUGAUUGGUCGUUUAAACGGCAUCAUUGCUCGAGAUUUGCCAAAAACAGCAGCAGAUCGUAAGCGAUAUCCAUACCUUCAUACAUUUGUUGCUCAAGCUCAGUCUUCCACUCUGCCGAGUCUCAUUCCAUCCGUUGAUUGCUUAACGGAGCCUGGUGGCAUCCUGUUCGAUCUUCUGUCAGGCCAUACUGAUCCUAUCACUGCAUUAGCUUUAACAUCAGAUGGUAUGCGAGCUUUGACAACCUCUGAGGACUGCACGAUGAAGCUAUGGGACAUUCGUACUGGGAGAGUUGCUAAAACAUUAGAAGGAAUGAGUCCAAAUGUAUCAACAAUUAAGACAGGAAUGAACAAUGCCCUUGCCAUUACAACAGAAGGGACGGUAAUCAAAAUCUGGAGUCUUAAUUCUGGAAUCUGUGUCCAUGUCCUCGAUGAAUUUGUGGACCCUGCAAACAUCACUGUGGCAAGUGAUGGGCGUGUACUUGUUGCUCUCUUCGAUGGGUCUAACAUGUUCAGAUCCUUUGACCUACAAUCGUUCACACAGAUAUGUGAAAAGCAAAUCCCUGACGAUGGGAUUCACAAAGACAGAUCUCUGGUUGUAGCUGAGACAUGUGUUGGGGAUCAAGUGCUACAUGCGUUCAGAUCAUCCAACAGAGCCACUGUACAAAAUGCAAAGACAGGCAAGAUUUACCACAACUUGAAAUGCUUUGAGAAAUCGUCUUCCGUGGUUUCACUUGGUUUUGCCAGGGACUAUUACAUAUUGGCAUGUAGGCAACAGUAUAUGGAGCUUCAUGAGAUUCACCAACUUGAGAUUUUUGAUUUGAAGAAAGGCAACUACCUGCGCAGUGUUCGUGGAUGCGUUCAUGACAAUGUCAGAGAUAUGUACAUCAAUAUGAUGGGCAGCCAUGCUAUUGCCAUCUGUGCCUCUGAGAACAACAACAUGUCUGACAUUGCCCUUUGGAAUCUGGAGACUGAGGACCACAAACAUCUGGCACGACAUGCUGGUGUGUCUGCAUUUGGAGCAUGUUUGGACUUCAGGUUUUGCCUUACAGCAGCAAAGGGUGAUAAAACACUGAGAAUCUGGAACCUAACCAGCAAGAUUAAUCAGCCUGCUCCAAAGCUGAAGAAGAGUCUAGGUGUGGCAGAGAUUGUUCCAAUGCAGGACAACCCUAGAUAUGUCGUCGCUAGGACUAUCAACAAUGGGCCCAUCAGUGUCUGGAAUAUUGCCAAGGCGAAGUGUCUGCAAACGGCUGUUAGGAUAGAGAGAGGCCUUUCAGAAACAUCGGAUGUUGUGAUUGUGAGAAACUCUUUCUUGGUUAUUCUCACAGACAGGGGUUUUUCUAAUGUCAGUGAUGAUGCUAAACCAGUCUUCCAAACAGUGCUGAGGUACAAUCUCAAAACAAAACGCUACGACAAGAAGCUAACCGGUUGCUACAUUGUCCCUGCCCCCACGCAUGAAUACAUGCUGCUGGAUGAAAAUCAUCUUAUGGGUCCAUCAGACAGCAGAACUCACUUUAUGGUCUGGAGCCUAAAGACGGGUCAUGUCCUGUACAGGAUCAAAACCAACUUUAGAGAGCUAGAAAGGUUAAAGUUGAUGGAUGGAAUCCCAAUGGUAGAUGUCACAAAAGUGAAAAGAGGAACAACGGCCAAGAUGAGUCCAUGGGACAGGCGUGCAGAGACCGACUCGGCAAAACAGAGACGUCAUGAUGCUGAGUUGGAGGAAGAACGCCAGAGACAAGAUGAUCUGAAGAAGGAGAAAGAAAAUGCCAUCGAACAGUUCAUUGUAAGUGGAGACGAGAAGAUCAUCGUUGCUUCAUUCUUUGCUCACCACUUGUGUGUCUUUGAUAUUCCGAAACAGGCGCACACACAGACUCUUGAGAAUGAGAACUCGAUGAUGUUUCUUCAUGUUUCGUCGUUGACUUUUGACGGCAGUCAUCUUGUCCAUGCAAAUUACGAUGAGGAGAACAAGAUCAGUUAUGUGACUCUAUGGGACUGUGCAAGCGGACAGGUGAAGCGGAGACUGAAACGUGAGACUAACGUAUGUGCACUUGGUAUCACAGACGAUGCUGAAAGAGUGGUGAUAGGUAAAGGCCCAGAUGAGCUCCAUGUUUGGGAUCCUAUGAAGUCUAAUUCCCUCCGUAAAAUAAAAGGCUACUCUGGUUUGAGAUUUGGUGUUGGAAGCAAGAUCUUCACCUGCGGGGAUGGGAAGAGGGCUAUCGUGUUUGCAGGAGACAUCUCAGUGUGGGAUAUCGAGAAGGCCACGGUCAUGGCAGUCUUCACACCAGAUACCCGUAUCAUGUGUUGCAAUGUGGCUCUGGGUGGAGAGCUGAUUGCCUUUGGUCUUUAUGAGAAAAGUGAUGUCAUAAUCCUGAAACUCAUGUCGCGGGACCACCAGCCUCAGAUUGAUGAAGUGGAAGGGGAGGAUAUGUUUGGGGAGAAACCAGACUCGUCAGAUGAUGAAGACGAAGAGGAUUGAGUGGAACUAUGCAGUGAUAUUCUCAAAAGAUGUUUCACACGGUGAACUGUGAACAUAGACAUGACUUUGAUAAGAACUGUGAUAGAGACUGUUUCAAAAGUAUGAUAUGUUUAGUGAGUGAGUGAGUGGAUACGGUUUUACGUCGCUUUUAGCAAUAUUCAAGUAAUAUCACGGCGGGGGACACCAGAAAUGGGCUUCACACAUUGUACCCAUAUCGGGAAUCGAAGCCGGGUCUUCGGCGUGACGAGCGAACGCUUUAAUCACAAAGCUACCCGACCGUCCCUAUAAAAUAUUUAGAAAACAUAACUGUGAUGUAAGAGUAAUGUGCGUGAAAUAGGGAGGUGUAGCAGUGGUCCUUCAAAGCAUACACAACAAAAAUAGAAAACACAAAUUAUGUGGACAACGAUUUAGUAAAUAAUUCCUUCUUGAUCUUCAAACGCUCCAACGUUCCAAAACGAGGGUAUAUAUGUAUCUGCCUAUACUAUAGGGUGCAUAAGACUCAAGAAUACAUGCAUACCAACACCUUCAACUGAAAGUGUAUCAAAACGGACACAAUUUCUUUUCCCGACAAGGGGUUUUGCCAGGCGUACUGUGCAGUUGUAUGAAAAGCUUAACAAUAAUCAACAGUAAGUCUUCACAGAAUGUACACAUGUUUGUGACCACAUAACUCGCCUACAACAUAAGUAGAAGGGAUUACCUUUCUUCCGGGAAGAUAUGUUUUGAUGAUAUUCUAUGGAACCAUUAGAUUUGUCAUAUUCAGCAUAUCAGUGAGUGAGCGAGUGAGUUGUGUUUAACGCCGCUUUUAACAGUAUUCCAGUUAUUUCACGGCGUGUCAGCUAAAUGUGGGGGGAAAUCCGGAAGUGAUGCAGGUCUUAGACGUUUACCA